AUGGAUCGCUUAUUACGUCUCGGUGGUGGUAUGGCGGGCCUGUCUCAAGCACCGCCACCUACUGAUGCUCCCGUUGUAGACACGGCUGAGCAGGUGUAUAUUUCCUCGCUGGCUCUCUUAAAAAUGCUUAAACAUGGCCGAGCUGGAGUGCCCAUGGAAGUUAUGGGUUUGAUGCUAGGUGAGUUCGUCGAUGACUACACAGUACGCGUUAUCGAUGUGUUUGCCAUGCCUCAAACUGGAACUGGUGUUUCUGUUGAAGCAGUAGAUCCAGUUUUUCAAGCAAAAAUGCUGGAUAUGUUGAAACAAACUGGGCGACCUGAGAUGGUUGUUGGAUGGUACCAUUCUCAUCCUGGAUUUGGUUGUUGGUUGUCUGGUGUUGAUAUAAACACACAACAAUCAUUUGAAGCUUUAUCUGAGAGAGCUGUUGCUGUUGUUGUUGAUCCUAUCCAAUCAGUAAAGGGAAAAGUAGUCAUUGAUGCAUUCCGUCUUAUUAACCCCAAUAUGAUGGUCCUUGGACAGGAGCCCAGGCAAACAACCUCCAACCUCGGGCACUUACAAAAACCCUCUGUGCAAGCUCUGAUCCACGGACUUAACAGACAUUAUUACUCAAUCAGUAUAAACUACAGAAAGAAUGAGUUGGAACAAAAAAUGCUUUUAAACCUCCACAAAAAGUCUUGGAUGGAUGGUCUUACACUUUCAGAUUAUAAAGAGCAUUGCAAAAUCAAUGAAACAACAGUAACAGACAUGUUGGAACUUGCUAAGAACUACAACAAAGCUCUGGAGGAUGAAGAAAAGAUGACCCCAGAACAGUUGGCUAUCAAGAAUGUCGGCAAACAAGACCCUAAGAGACAUUUAGAAGAGAAAGUUGAUGUAUUAAUGGCAAACAACAUUGUUCAAUGCUUAGGUGCCAUGCUUGAUACAAUGGUGUUCAAAUGA